AUGGCCCAAGCUGAAUCUUCUAGUGCUUCUCGAACUGGUGCUAAGGCAAAUACUGCCGGCGCUCCGGUAGACUAUGAGCUUCCUUGGGUUGAGAAAUACCGCCCAAUCUUCCUCGAUGAUAUUGUCGGCAACACAGAAACAGUGGAACGGUUAAAGAUCAUUGCUAAAGAUGGCAAUAUGCCCCACGUCAUCAUCUCCGGCAUGCCGGGUAUUGGAAAGACUACUUCAGUUCUAUGUCUGGCACGGCAAAUGUUGGGAGAUGCAUACAAGGAGGCAGUCUUGGAGCUGAACGCUAGUGAUGAAAGAGGUAUCGAUGUGGUGCGGAAUCGGAUUAAGGGUUUUGCUCAGAAGAAGGUCACUCUGCCUCAAGGACGCCACAAACUGGUCAUCCUCGACGAAGCCGACAGCAUGACUGCCGGUGCUCAACAAGCCCUGCGACGUACUAUGGAAAUCUAUUCGUCUACCACGCGAUUCGCCUUUGCGUGUAACCAGUCAAACAAGAUUAUUGAACCUAUCCAAUCCCGCUGCGCCAUUCUCCGUUAUGCCCGGCUGACAGAUGCUCAAGUCGUGAAACGCUUGAUGCAGAUUUGCGAGGCCGAGAAGGUCCAGCACUCAGAGGAUGGAAUUGCUGCACUUGUGUUCAGUGCAGAGGGUGAUAUGCGUCAGGCUAUCAACAACUUGCAGAGUACUUGGUCAGGUUUCGGUUUUGUCAGCGGAGACAAUGUCUUCCGAGUAGUUGACAGCCCGCACCCGGUCAAAGUCCAGGCUAUGAUCAAGGCUUGCUGGGAAGGCAAGGUGGAUGUGGCAUUGGAAGGGUUGAACGAGCUAUGGACCCUGGGUUACUCCUCCCACGACAUCAUCAGUACUAUGUUCCGAGUCACGAAGACCAUCCCCACUCUCUCCGAGCAUUCCAAACUGGAGUUUAUCCGGGAGAUUGGAUUCACGCAUAUGCGGAUCCUGGAUGGUGUGCAGUCACUACUUCAACUCAGUGGAUGUGUGGCCAAACUUUGCAGGAUUAACAUGAAGCCCGACUUGUUCGAACCUCCUAAGGCUUGA